CUGCCGUGCCCUUGACUACGGCCACUUCCGGCGAGCGGAGCCGCUCGAUGUGCGAUGGCCAAGUACCUGGCACAGAUCAUCGUGGUGGGCGCUCAGGUGGUGGGGAGAGCAUUUGCCCGGGCGCUGAGACAGGAGUUUGCCGCCAGUAAAGCGGCAGCAGAGGCUCGGGGACAGGCCGGGCGUCAGUCCGCCGCAGCCUCCAGCAUCUCCGGAAUAUCACUGCAGGAAGCACAGCAGAUCCUCAACGUCACACAGCUCAGCGCCGAGGAGAUCCAGAAGAAUUAUGAUCAUUUGUUCAAGGUUAACGAUAAAUCAGUGGGUGGAUCGUUUUAUCUGCAGUCCAAGGUGGUGAGAGCAAAGGAACGGCUGGAUGAGGAACUACACAUCCACAAGAUGGACCAGGAGAGGAAGGAACAAAGAAAGCAGUCCGAGACAUGACCCCACGGACACCUUCCUCUCCACGUUUUCUUCGGUUCGCCACUGUGUAAAUCCCACACAGGAACUCAAGUGUGGUCAGUCUUUGCUCAGUGCUGGUGUUUGCAGAGCAGACUCAGAGGCUGACAUGGAGUCACACCACCUUAGCUCACUUUCCUUGUUACCUGCUGGACGCCUGUGUGAAUAUUUACUCUGGGAACGGUGUAAGUGAACUAGCGUGCUGUGACAUUGCCUUCAGCAGUUACCACAAGUGGUAUUGUGAAUCGUUCCUUCUCACAACAGACUUUGAAUGUGACUAUGAAGUUAAAUUGGAUUCCUCCAUUGCGUUACUCAAAGGGUAUGGCUGAGGGUAACUUCAUGUUGCUGGUCAGUCAUCCCUGGCCAGCAGUGCAAGGUUCUGGGGGAUUGAGCUGCUAUACAACGAACUGCCACCUGGAGCCCUGUCUCACCCUGUGGCCAUCUGGCCAGUAACGGGAGAGCGUGGUUCCCCAUCUCAUCAAAUAGCCUUGUGAUUCUGAAAGUUCUAUCAUUGUAACUUGGUUGUAAAUAAAGUUCCACUUUCAGCAGGCAACUCCGGGAAAGUUGUGUGU